AUGAUCUCCUCUAGAGGACUUAUUCUUCAUUCUAUGAUGUAUGGGCUAAAUGUGUUCUCAGAGAUCAGGUAAUUACAGUAGCAAUAUCAGGACAAUCAAUAUGCAGUAUUCUAUUUCUCAAAAGCACUAUCAAAUAUUGGCCUCUUCAUUGAAUUUUUCUUCGAGAUCCUGAAUGAAAGGUGUGAGCCAGUUGUCGUCAUCAUUGAAGGUCUGAAGUCAUUUUUACGACUCAGGGAGUACUCUUAACUUCUAUUUAAGGAGAAUAUCAAUGUCUUCAUUGAUAUCGAACCCUACAAAGAAUUCAAGAAGCUUAAGGAAAUAAAGGAGAGUCACUUCACUUUGGUCAGAAGCAAGAAGCAGCUGCCUAAGAUCCCUAAUUUCUAGCCAAGCAAAAAACUGCAAGAGAUAAAGGACAGAUAGAAAAAGAAAUUAAUUGAUCAUAAAAGAGAUCAGUAUUACCAAUCUAACUUUGAUGAGCUGAAAGACAUCAUUUCAGAGAAAAGUGACAAUGAAGAUCAUAGCAUUGACCAUGAAGUCUCAAUUAAUGGAGAAAAUAGAUAAAACUAAUCUAUGCUCAAGUAGUUUAUGAACUACAUUAAGAAUAUCUACAGAAAGUUAGCGUGCAAGCUUGGGAAAUAUCACUUAGAUGACAUACUUUUUAUUCUAAGGCCUUUUGUUUACGUGUACUUUGUAAUUUAAUAUGGCAGGAAAGAUUACAUGCCCAUCAAGAUUAUAUUUGCUAUGGACAUGAUUGCAAUAUUGAUAAGCUUAAAAAGAUUGUCAUAGAGCUAAUCUAGUGGACUAGAUGAGUCAGAUCAAUUGAGUUCAAGAAGAAAUAAACUUAAAUCCGUUGAGAGAAGAGAACUUGUAAGAAGAAUAAGAGAAACUCUUCUUAAAUAUCUUAUUAGAGAUCCUAUUUUUGAGGGUGUAACCAAGAGGGUUCUAGAAAAGCUAUUCUCUAUCUUAAGAAUAAGUCCAAGACUACUUGGUCUUCUCUAUUCGCUUCUAAGCUACUUUAGAUACUACACAUACAUCGCUUGA